AACUUCAAGUAGGUGAAAAGCAAACACAUUCUCUCAUUAUUCAUUACCUAUAAAAAAUAAAUACUGCUAAAGCCACUGCUGUACUCUACUACCUAAUCUAAUUGAUUAAAAAUUAAAACUUCAAAAAACACAAAAAACAGAAAAGCAAAGCAAUUCCAACAAAUAUAGAGAUUUAAAGCUCACCUUUUUUGCUUGCUUUGCUUCCUUCACAUUCUUCUUUGACAUCCAUAACCAGACACACCAGUAAUUCUGGUUGUUGCUUCUUUUAACUCUCCACCCAACUCUUCAAAUCCAAAACCCUAGAAAACCCAUUCUUCUUCUUGAAGCCCCUCUCUUUUUCUCUCUCUCCCUCUCCCCUUUGUGCUGGGUUUUCAGAUCGUGCUGCUGAAAUCUCAGCUCGCUCGCCGAUCUGCUCCGUCUCCGCCGAGUCUGUUAAAUGGGCGGCUCCGACGAUUCGCGUCGCUGAAAUGUUGGCUGUUGCUGACUGCGAUUUCGAUGCUCGUCGGCCAAAAUGUCGGCCUCUUUAGCUGCUUUUGAGCGCCCAAGACCUGGAGGUUCUAAUACGGUCUUCAAGAGUGGCCCACUUUUCCUAUCUUCGAAAGUGACAGUCACCAGGUGUUUGACUAAUUUCCCCAGCGAAGCAGCAGGUAGGCACGAGUGUUGCUUGUGUGCAUCACCUACGUUGCCCUUCCUUUGGGUUUGAGUGACAUUUGCUUCCAGCCGCUGUAUCGUGUGUGGUUUGACUUGUGUAGUUUGGCUUGCCAGAGCGAUGACUUAUGAGGAGAGCAGGAAGAGUGUGCAUUGAGCUCUAUUUGAUUUUGAUUGUGUCCCCCGCCUCCCUUAACGUUUCAACUGGAAUCUAAUGUUACGCCUAGCUCACAAUCUUGUACGAAGAACGUCAUCUAGAACCCCUGCACCCUCACCCUCCUCUCUCAAUUUCUCAGUAUGUUUGUUGCUUCGAAACACUUUCCCUCAAUGCCAACAAGGAGACUGCUCUUUCCAGGAACGUUAUUUUUCUUGGGGGUCGAAGGCGUCAAGCACUAGCCUCUCCAUAUGGAGGCGCAGGAAAGAGAUGGGGAAGGAGGGUCUUAUCGCGGCUAAGGAGCUCAAGAGGCUCCGCUCCCAUCCUCUCCGCCUCGACCAGUUCAUACGCUCAAACGUGUCCCGCUUGCUCAAGUCUGAUCUUGUAGCUGUUCUCGCCGAGUUCCAGAGACAAGACCAGGUCUUUCUCUCCAUGAAGAUAUAUGAUGUGGUGCGUAAAGAAAUUUGGUAUCGACCAGACAUGUUCUUUUACAGGGACAUGCUUAUGAUGCUUGGAAGAAACAAAAAGGUGGAUGAAGCAAAGCAGGUUUGGGGAGACCUGAAGAGAGAGGAAGUGCUGUUUGAUCAGCAUACUUUUGGGGAUAUUAUCAGGGCUUUUCUAGAUAAUGGAUUGCCCUUGGAGGCAAUGGAGAUAUAUGAUGAAAUGAGACAAUCUCCUGAUCCCCCAAUCUCACUGCCUUUUAGAGUAAUAUUGAAGGGGCUUCUUCCAUACCCAGAAUUGAGGGAGAAGGUAAAAGAUGACUUCUUGGAGCUAUUUCCUGAUAUGAUCAUCUAUGACCCACCCGAAGACUUAUUUGAAGAUCAAGAAUGUAAAAGAGAAAAUGAAGAUGAUUAGAUAGUGCUGCUUCCUGAUAUGAUAUAUGCUCUCUAUAUGAGAGAAUCCUUUCAUUUGCAGAAGCUAAAUCCAUUGGCAUGGCUAGAUGCAAUUUCAGCUGCCUGUCAAGCACGAAACCAGGAGUUAAGUGGGUCUUUUGCAGCGGUUCAUUGUGUUGCAAUGAAUGGCCUAAUUCUGGUUCGAAGAAUUUGGUGGUGCAAGUUUGGGAUGCCAUGGGCAGAAUUAGAUAUGCGAUCCUAGUUUUUUGUUUUCUUUUUGUGGCUUUUGGGUCCAUACAAUUUAUGUUUUCCUUUUCAAAUCACUACAAUUUAUGUAAAUUAAAAUAGUUUUCGACUGACCUUGAUCACAAUUGAGAGCAUAGUUUUCGACCAACUUAUUAAUGACAUAUCAUACUGUGAAUCCAAGCAACGGGGACAUCAUGUUGGUCAUGUUGGACUGCUCUGCCUUGGGAUUUUGAACUUCAGACGAUCUGAAGAA